CUUUGUCUCUUUUUUUUUAGGUUAUCCUGAAUACCACAUGUCUAAUACUUUCCCUUGCAACGUUAGCCAGUGUUUUUCACUGCCUCCAAAAGAUUGAAAUUGCUCUGGAAAUUGGAAACAUUUGAUUUAAACGAAAUAACGUUAACAAAUGGACAAUAUGUCUAUUACAAAUACACCAACAAGUAAUGAUGCCUGUCUGAGCAUUGUACAUAGUUUGAUGUGCCAUAGACAAGGUGGAGAGAGUGAAACAUUUGCAAAAAGAGCAAUUGAAAGUUUGGUGAAGAAACUGAAGGAGAAAAAGGAUGAAUUGGAUUCUUUAAUAACAGCUAUAACUACAAAUGGAGCUCAUCCUAGCAAAUGUGUUACCAUACAGAGAACAUUGGAUGGAAGGCUUCAGGUUGCCGGUCGGAAAGGAUUUCCUCAUGUGAUCUAUGCCCGUCUCUGGAGGUGGCCUGAUCUUCACAAAAAUGAACUAAAACAUGUUAAAUAUUGUCAGUAUGCGUUUGACUUAAAAUGUGACAGUGUCUGUGUGAAUCCAUAUCACUAUGAACGAGUUGUAUCACCUGGAAUUGAUCUCUCAGGAUUAACACUGCAGAGUAAUGCUCCACCAAGUAUGUUGGUGAAGGAUGAAUAUGUUCAUGACUUCGAGGGACAGCCAUCGUUAUCCACCGAAGGGCAUUCAAUUCAAACCAUCCAACAUCCACCAAGUAAUCGUGCAUCAACAGAGACAUACAGCACCCCAGCUCUCUUAGCUCCAUCUGAGUCUAAUGCUACCAGCACCACCAACUUUCCCAACAUUCCUGUGGCUUCCACAAGUCAGCCUGCCAGUAUACUGGCAGGCAGCCAUAGUGAAGGAUUGUUGCAGAUAGCUUCAGGGCCUCAGCCAGGACAGCAGCAGAAUGGAUUUACUGGUCAGCCAGCUACUUAUCAUCAUAACAGCACUACCACCUGGACUGGAAGUAGGACUGCACCAUACACACCUAAUUUGCCUCACCACCAAAACGGCCAUCUUCAGCACCACCCGCCUAUGCCGCCCCAUCCCGGACAUUACUGGCCAGUUCACAAUGAGCUUGCAUUCCAGCCUCCCAUUUCUAAUCAUCCUGCUCCUGAGUAUUGGUGUUCCAUCGCUUACUUUGAAAUGGAUGUUCAAGUAGGAGAGACAUUUAAGGUUCCUUCAAGCUGCCCUAUUGUUACUGUUGAUGGAUACGUGGACCCUUCUGGAGGAGAUCGCUUUUGCUUGGGUCAACUCUCCAAUGUCCACAGGACAGAAGCCAUUGAGAGAGCAAGGUUGCACAUAGGCAAAGGUGUGCAGUUGGAAUGUAAAGGGGAAGGUGAUGUUUGGGUUAGGUGCCUUAGCGACCAUGCAGUCUUUGUACAGAGUUACUACUUAGACAGAGAAGCUGGGCGUGCACCUGGAGAUGCUGUUCAUAAGAUCUACCCAAGUGCAUAUAUAAAGGUCUUUGAUUUGCGACAGUGUCAUCGGCAGAUGCAGCAGCAGGCGGCCACUGCACAAGCUGCAGCAGCUGCCCAGGCAGCAGCCGUGGCUGGAAACAUCCCUGGCCCAGGAUCAGUAGGUGGAAUAGCUCCAGCUAUCAGUUUGUCAGCUGCUGCUGGAAUCGGUGUUGAUGACCUUCGUCGCUUAUGCAUACUCAGGAUGAGUUUUGUGAAGGGCUGGGGACCGGAUUACCCAAGACAGAGCAUCAAAGAAACGCCUUGCUGGAUUGAGAUUCACUUACACCGGGCUCUCCAGCUCCUAGAUGAAGUUCUUCACACCAUGCCUAUUGCGGACCCACAACCUUUAGACUGAGGUCUUUUACUGUUGGGGCCCAUAACAUUCUUUGUCAGGAUGGUGGACUAUAAAAUACAAUCCUGUUUAUAAUCUGAAGAUAUAUUUCACUUUCGUUCUGCUUUAUCUUUUCAUAAAGGGUUGAAAAAUAUGUUUGCUGCCUUGCUCCUAGCAGACAGAAACUGGAUUGAAUCAAUUUUUUUUCCUAUUUAGAACUUUUCAGGCAUGGCUCAGAGCUUGAAGAUCAGGAAAAACACAUUCUUAUUAAAUCUUCACCAGUUAUAUAUGAAGGAAUCAUUCCAAUGCUGGAAAAUUUAGCCCUUUAAACUGUCUUAGACCCUUUUAUAUGCAGAACAUCGAUAUGUGUGUUAUUCUACAGAAUAAAUUCAAUAUUGCUGAUUUUAAAGGCAGAGAAGCUCUCUAAGUUAAUUCACCUAUGUUAUUUUGUGUGCGAGUUGUUAUUGUUGAACAUACUUUACUCCCAGGUAUUGUGCCAUGUGGGUGAGUUAAUUUUACCAAGAGCAACUUUACUCUGUGUUUAAAAAAUAAGAUAGUAAUGUAUUAUAACCUUUUAUCCAAAAUAUUUUUUGCAAGUUAAACUAGUGAAGAUGAUUUCAAUUCAGAUUGUCUUACGAUUUCAAUUUUAUUUUCGCCAAGGCAAAACACUAAUCUCUGUGUAUACUGAGAAUUCUUUAAAAUUAUCAAAGUAAUAUCAUUUAAAAUUACACUCGUUAUCCCUGUUGGAUAACUAUUUAUCAAGUAGUGUACUUUUGCCCUGUUAAACAGUAGACGUAGUAUAUAUUUCUAGGCACAAGGUUGGUUACUAAGCAGCCUAGAAGAAGAAUUUCUUUUUCUUCAUUAAUUCAUAGGGAAAGGUUUUGUAUUUUUAAAAACACUAAAAGCAGUGUCACUCCACCUGAUAACUUACCAUUCUGCAAAGGUGGCAAUGCUUAAACUAAAUGAUGAGUAUUUUGGAAACUGCUAAAUUCUGUGUUAAAUACUGUGCAGAAUAAUGGAAACAUUAUAGUUCAUAAUAGGUAGUUUGGAUAUUUUUGUACUUAAUUUGAUGUGUGACUUUUUUUUCAUAUACUGUUUAAAUCAUGUAUGUUAUGACAUUGUUUAAAAUUCAGUUUUUGUAUCUCGGGGCAAGACUGCAAACUUUUUAUACCUUUUGGUUAUUCUAAGCCCUUUGCCAUCAAUGAUCAUAUCAAUUGGCAGUGACUUUGUAUAGAGAAUUUAAGUAGAAAAGUUGCAAAUGUAUUGACUGUACCACAGACACAAUAUGUAUGCUUUUUACUUAGCUAGUAGCAUAAAUAAAACCAAAUCUCAACAUAAAAAGUUGAAUUCUAGGUUUGAUUUUUAAGUUUUUUUUCUUUUGCACUUUUGAGUCCAAUCUCAGUGGCAGGACACCUUCUACUAAAUGACAGGCAACAGCCAGUACUGCAGCUUUGGUUUUUCCCUUACACUCUACUGGGACUUCCCCAUGGACAUUAUAUAUCAAGUAAAGAAUUGGUUAUUUUUUGAACUUUUAUUUUACUGUAGCAAAAAUAGUCCUGAUUGUCUACAAGAUAAAUAAGUUGUCUACAAGAUAAGUAGUUUGAAAUAAGAUCAAGGAUUAUCUUUCAGAUGCUUUUACUGUUUGUUUGGAAGGCCUUUCUAAGUGUAGUAAGAUUCUAAGGUGUGUUACAAGUUUGAGAUAAUGAGAAGCACUUAUGCAUGAUAGUCAUCCUUAUAUCGACUUAGGUGAACAAGUCUUCAACUUCCUUGCUCUGAAAGUCUUAAGACCACCUAGUAACCACUGAGUUUGCUUAUUGCUGUGAUUUAAACAUAGUUGUUGAUUCAAGCUACAUGUUUUUUGUUUUUAAAAUAACUUCUUUACCAACUCAUUUGUACUCUUGAGUACUUACAGAUACCUUUGUUAAAAACCUCAUUUUAAUCUGUAAAAGUAUGGUGAUUUAAGUUUAAUUGGCAGAUUUUUUAAAAAGAUAUUUUUAUUCUUUAGAGAUUAUUGACUUUAGGUCUAUUUUACUGUGAAUGAAAAGUAGGAGUGAGAGUAGAGUGUUUUAGAAUGACAGAUUUUUAAAAUCCAGUUUAUUUGAUUAGAACCAUAAGCAUGUUAUGAUGUAAUCUAUUGCCUCCUUUUCUACUUUAAGGAAAGUUUUCAUGUCUGGGGAAAGUACAUGGAAAAUAUUUGCUAAGAAGUCUGUCUUUGAGGCCAAGCCACCUUUCUUGGUUUCUUUCUGCUAAGAGCCAUAAAAGUACUAAAAGUACAUAGAAGUACUUCUAGUUAUUAGUUGCUACAUACUUAUACCUAGAUGCAGUCACAUGCUUUUGAGAAAACAUCUAGUAUGUUAUGAUCAGUUAUUCCUGAGAGCUCAGUUGUUAAAUGGUAUUUCCAUUUCUUAAAGGUAGUCAUCUUUGAUGAGUAAGACUAAAUCACUAGGUUUAAAAUUUGGGGCUGCUUUAAGGAUAGAAUAGUUUCUACAGUUCUCGGAAUCUGAUUAUUAUGAGGAUACGACUCUGGGUGGGUUUUCUCUCUCUAGUUCACCUUUCGAAGAUUCUCAAAAUGUUGAAUUUCUAUGAAAGCUGAGUGAGAGAUGCACCAAGUAUGUACCUUUAUAAUCCAGUAUGAGGCCAAUUCCACUUUUGUCCAGUGCCUUCCAGUGCAUUAUUGAAGGGAAUCCUUAAUGGUGUUGCCUUUAUUUUCCAGGGAGUAGAUUCUUUUGUGGGAUUUAGUGUAUCUCAUUUUUUAAAGUAUACUACACCUGGUAUACAAAGAUAAUGACAAUAAAUCACUGCCAUAUAACCUUGUUUUUCUAGAAGCAUGGCUCAUUUGUAUUGGCCUAACCACUAAAUAGCUUGCCUAUCCCAUUCCUCUUGUAAACAUUGUAGGUUUACAGGUUCAGUGGUCUGGCUUGGGGAUAACCAUACUCGAAACAUCCAAGUAAGCUGAACACACGUUAGCUGUGUUGUAUUUCAGUAGGGAAGAAUGUGGUGUAAAGGGAGAUAAAUGUAAUAGAAAUUUUGAAGGCAGAGUAGAAUGUCCAGUCUUCCAGAUGAUAAUUUUAAAAGUUUACUGCAGUUAUCUUUUUGAUUGUGCCCGUCUGGAGAUAGGAAAUUUUACAUUUUCCCAAGGUGCUCCUGCACUGUCUGUGGAAGUUAAAGAAUAUAAGGUGGAAAUAUUUUUAUUCCUGGUUUGGUGGUAACUCAUUAGCUAUUAUGCAAAAUCAGAUUAGUUCAGAUCCUUUUGGAGAGCCUUUUGGAAGAAGCAAUUUUCUUCUGAGUAGGGUAGGAUCCUGUUUGAUGGUAGUUUUUAUAGUUUGCUCCCUUUAUCACUAGUCAUUUUACUGGAAUUUUAUUCUGCAGUAGCAGAUUGGGAAAAUGGUAAAUGAAUAUAUGAAAGCAAUUACCUGUAAAGUCAGUCAGUUAACACCUCAUUUGUAGAUGGGGCUUGGCUAGGACUAGUAAAUAGUUGAAGAAAUGUGUUCUUUAUCUUUCCAAAAUCAGAACCCAUCUUGUUGCAGGUGGCUAUCUGUAAAUAAUUGCCUAAAUCCUCCUUUGCAAGAUUGAAAAAAAUAGGCUAUGAGAAACUUUUGUCCAAACCUUUCCAUUUUUUUCUGACAGCUAGAUAAGGAAGGGUGUUAAAAGUUAGUGGCCUUAUUCAGUGCAGCAUCCUCAGGCACAGCCUUGUUCCUAGCACUUUUCCCAGUGUUGUUGCUAGGUUGUUUAUCUUGUUUAUCUGGUACCACUGUGGAAUGGGAUUUUCCACAAAUUCCAAACUUGCCUUAAGCAGUAAAACUUUUUUAUUUUAGCCAUUUCUUUGACGGAGUUAUCUAAUAUAGAUAUCAGAGAACAUACUGGAUAUAAUGUUUCUUUCUGUGCCUAGCUGCCUUUGUAGACUUCAGGGGCUGCAUAGACAGGUGGGACUGUUUUGCCUUUACUAAAUGGUUGCAGACUGCUUUGGUUUUGAAUGUUUAGUUUUUUUAUCUACUCACCCCAGUCUUCUCCCUUCCUGACAGUGACCACUUCCUGUGUGUAGUUGGUGUACCUCCUCUUGGUAGUUUCUUCUUCCCUUUCUGAUGCAUUUUUUUCCAGCUGCUUGGGCAAGGAAACCAGAUAACCAUACUUAUUAGAACUUUCUUUGAAACACAAGGGCAAACUGGGACAGGACCCAAGAAACUUUCCUGUAAAAUACUGAAAAGGACUUCAGUGCUUUGGCAUUUGACUGCUCAGAGUGCUUCCUGAUUCUUGCUGAGUUUCAGGUAGUUGAAGUAGAGAGAAGUGAGUCAUUCAUAUUUUCCCCCUUUGCAAGAUUUUGAAAGGUUUCAUUGCUUCCACUUGAACGCUGCUCAUGGGGGUUACAAGGGUUACUAAAUUAGUAUCAAUAGCCAGAGACAAUACAGUUGCCUAGAGAACACCAGCAAAAACAGCAAAAAAACCCACAAAAAACAAAAACCUUAGAAAGCGAGAGAGUCAUUUUUGUUUUGGUUGGUUCUCUUUUGAGCCCUAUGUUCUGGCAUUCCUCUUCUACAGAUAUUUUUGACCUAUAGGUGCCUUUAUGAGAAUUGAGAGUCUGAUAUCUUGCCCCAAGUAGUAGCUAAAGUAAUUGCUGAUGAUUUCAGGGAUUUUAACAUCAGACUUGAACGAGUGAUGAAUGAACCUUUUUUUCUUUUUUCGAACUGUAGGAAGGACUGAGGAGAAAACUCCGGUGAAGACAAUCAUUUCUCUCUGUUGAUGUGGAUAGAUUUCAGUUUAUUUACGAGGCUUUCUCAGUAGGAGUCAGAGCCAGUGUUCUUGUUCAACCUGAACUAGUGGCUCUUGGCUGGGGCCAGACAGUUGUACUCUCUAGUUUGCCCUUUGCCACUAAUUUGAUGUAUGACCUUAGGCAAGUCAUUUAUCUUCUCUGGGCCUCAGUUGCCUCAUCUGUAAAAUGAGGGAGUUGGACUAGAUGAGUUUUUCCAGCUCUGAAAUUUAAGUGACCUUGCCUACCUUCCAGCAGUUUUUGAUUUCUUCCUUACCUUUGCUCUGCUGUUUGAGGAGGCUUUUUACUUAUUUCCAUGUUAUUCAAAUGAGACUAGGCUUGAUAUUUUAUUACUAUUCUUCUAUGGACAAGAAGUUACAUAAGAAUGUCCUUAAGACUUAAAUUCAACCAAAGGCCUAGCACCACCCUGGGGGCUGCAAUAAAUACCUUAAAAAAAAAAGGGGGGGGGUUGGGAGGGUUUUCAUUUUAUUUUUCCAUCAUCUCUAUUAAAGGUUUAUUAAGGCUUUUUUUUUUUUUUCAGUCAUAACAUUUUACCUUUUGGGUUAGUUUGUGUGCAACACCAUCCCCUUAAGUGCUGUGUGCUGGUAAAUUUUUUUCAGCUAAAAUGAAUUGAAAACUUACUGUAAAUGCCUAAUGAUAUUAGAGGUCAUGACUUUGGUUGAGUCUUUGGUUUCUUAACUCUUCUAUGUUCAAAACAGGGAAAUUCCUUUCAAAUGCAUCAAUUAAAAUGGUUUAUACAACUCAAGAAAACAAUACCAGUGGAUGAUUAUUCACUUUAUUCUUGGCUCUUUUUAGGUCCAUUUUGAUCAGAAGACUUGGCUGGAACAUUCCUUUCAGAGUUCUCUUCCAGCUUAUCCUUGGAUGAGUGUAAUUAAUGAACUUGGCUUUUUCAAGGACCUUGAGAGCCUUCCUUGGGGUCGGGUCGAGGGCGGGAUGUUGGGGAGUCCUGGUAGAGGCCAGCUCUGUGGUAGCUGGGAGAGGAAGUGAUGAAACCAGCUGCUGUUGCUAUGGCUGCUUGUCAUUGAUAGAAGGACUCAUGAGCUUGGAUUAGUUAAAAGGCUAAACAUGGAGUUGGCACACAUCCUCCAGGUGUUGGGUUCUGGCCAGUACCUUGGACAUGUGAUUUAAAGGAAGCGUGUGAGCGCUUGCAGAUAAUGAAAACCUGGUGGGCUGCAGAACCAUUUGGAGGAAGUGGGACAGAUUUGGUGCUGGUAUUUCCCAACUCUGUCUCCUCCCCUGAACUCAGAGGAAUGCAGCUAUGCUAAAACCCAGAGAAGAGCCACACUUAGCUUCUGCUUUUGGGAAAACUGGUCAGCUAAAGCUGUGGUAGUUCCUUUGUGGCUUUCUGUAUACUUUUGCCUGGUUGAAGUCUGUGGCUAAAAAAUAGUUGAACCUUUCCUGAGAACUCUGUAACAAAGUAUGUUUUUGAUUAAAAGAGAAAGCCAAUUAAA